CACAAGGAGAGAGAGACACACACAGGAAGCCAGGAGAUAAAGCCAGCUGGAGCAUCACUGCUUCCUCGAACAAACAACCACAUCACAGACGCAUCAGCAGACCUUAAAACUGAUCAAGCAGACCCACUGGACCCAGUGACUCUGAGACAGAUCUCCCCACAGCAGAGAUGAUGCCGAUCUGUACCGUCCUGGAGAGGCGUAACGGCGUGGUGGUGGGAGCUGAGCUGACCUGCACCGUACGGGAGGAGAACAAGGCUCAGAGGGAGAGCUACAGUGCAGACUGGCAUAGUGUCAGUCUCAAGACUCAACCUCAGGACAGGCAGACAAUGAACAUGAAUGACAACUCUCGUCGGGAGACUCUGUCCCGGCAGUGGCAAGCCCGUUCGCUGAUACAGACAUGCCCCUCUGGUGUCUUCAGAGUGGGCACCGUGGAAAGAGGUGUGAGGGAGCACCAGCUGCUGCCCAAGAGAAAGACCCUCCCCUUGCCCAUCUUCACCCCUGCAGAGCUGGGCGUGAGGCUUGGACGUGGAGCUGCACACACCGAGGACGACCUGCAGCCCUUCCCCACCCCAGACGGAUCCUGUCCCAGCAAGAGGACCGUGGACGAGAUCACGAGAGACCUCCCCCCAGUCAAACCCACCCUCAUGGAGUUCUCCAAAGCACCCAAAGCCCUGGGUCGCUCCAUGUCCCAAGAGGCCCAGAGAGGGUGAGGGUGAGGGGAUGUCUGGGAGAGGCCAAGAGGGGAACAGUUGGGAAAGGAUAGUCACUGAGCAGAGUGUGUCAGGAAAAAGCAUGACAAGGUGUGUAUAGAUUUAUCCGUAGUGACAUUCACCAAAAAACUUAAAUACUCUAGAUCUUUAGCACGAGCUGUGUUUCUUGGCGAACACAGCACCAGGUAAAUGUCACUCGUUGUCACUGUUGGCAUUUGGCGGUCAGUCAGUGGUAGUAGAAAUAGUUCUGUGAAAUCCUUGCGAUGGAAAGGCAGGGUCUGUGUUCUCAGCUGUGCCAUGGGCUAAUUUCUGCCAGUGCCGGGCCAGCUGUCCUCACCCCCCCUGCAGAGUUCUCCGCUGCUUUCCAACUUCUUUUGCCUUUAUUCUGUACCGAAAGGUGCAAACAUGCUCGUAAGGUAAACGAAAGUGUGUGAAAUUAUGCAUCAUUUGAAUCCACUUAACAGGCAGCAUAAGGCGUGCAAUGACGUAGGAAGUGACAGAUGGAAAGGGGAGAAGGCAGGCUUUAAACUGUAGAGAGGGAUGGAGAGAAAGAGUGAAAGUCUGAGGGGAAGAGGAGGGGUUCAUAUCUUGGACAGGGUCCACAUCCAGGCCACCACAAGUCCCUGACGGUCUCUGAUCUCUGUGAAGAGUACGGAAUGCUCCUGUGUAAUCACACACUGCUGCUGUACAUAUGGGUGUGUGUGUGUGUGUGUGCAUGUGUGCCAGCUGAUAUCUCUAAUCAAGAGGACUUAGGAAAAACUAAUAAGCUGUUCUUUACUGAGUAUUAACUGAUCUGCUACUUGACUGGCACCUCAUAUACUAUAUAUUUAUAUUAUUAUUUAUCUCAUAGAGGAGCAGAUACAGUAUUAAUACCUUGUGGUGUAAAUGAAUUUGAAACGUGUGCAAUGAUGUUGCAGAUAUUUGAUAUUUAUUAUUUUUACUAAUAAAAUCCGAGCUGCUCCUCA